CCGCGCCACCGUACCCCGUAACGCGGAACCUUGCACACACAGAUCGGCGAACUGUACGCUGUGCGACUGUUGUUCCGAGACCGCCCCCCGGUUUCUCGCGCAUAGGGUUUCGAUCUAUCGUUUCGUAAUAAUAAUAAUUAAAAAAAAAAAAUAAAAAAUAAAAAAUAAAAAAAUAAUUUACACUCAACACAAAUACACACACACGACAAAUCACGCCGACACCCUCUCUCACACACACACACACACACACACACACGAACCCACUGACACACACACGCACACACACGUCAUAUAACCGUCGUCUCCGUCGCCGCGCCGUCCGCACAUAACAUAAUAAUUAUAUAAUACACCUAUAAUUAUCAUAGUUAUCGUCGCAAUAUCACGAUAUAGUAUUGUAUUGUCGGCACCCGUCGCUGCAGAGCCGUACGCGAAUCGGUUUUCAACUUGUGUGGGGGUCGUGGCGCCCGCCGGGGGGGUUCGCGAGCCGACCGUACGCACGAUGGUACGACGGAUGUGGUGCGAGUGCCGAAGCGUAUGAUAAGAAGCCGGCUCCGCGGAGGGAUCUCGACGCCGCGUGACAACGUGAACGAUGGUGGUCGGUGGUCAUGUGCGCUGCAAAUGAGCCAUGCUGUCGUUGUACGUGCGGCUGGGUGUCCUGCUGUUGUGCGCCACGACCGUGCUGCCGGCCGGCCGAGCUGCCACGUCGUCGUCGAACGUCCACAGCAAACGAGAAGCUGACUAUACGCUGGACGAUUCGUAUUGGAACCAGGAGAGUCCCGUCGGGGAAGUGGAAAGGCUCCUGCGGGAUUAUCGACAGAACCAAGAGCUGGUGCGGAACAUCGGAGCCAAUUAUUAUCAGAUCAUCUACCCGGUACAAAUCAGACAUCAUGACAAAAUGGGCAUCUCUACCCGAGAGGUAGGGUCACAGAAGUUUCCCAGCUCGGGGUUGCAUGGAUCUAAUGAAGGAUACUCUUCCGGUGGAUCUUUUCGACCGAAAUCUCGGAUGGGGAAACAUUUUCACAGAACUUCCAUAUUAAUAAAAGCGUUCAACCAUAAAUUUCGCCUCGACCUGGAGCUCAACACACAAUUACUAGCACCGAAUUUAGCACAGAAACAUUUUUUACCUCAUGGAGCUGAACAGGUUUCCAAACAAGAAAUUGAACAUUGUUACUAUCACGGGACUGUUAAGGAUAUUCCUGGUGCCACAGCUGCGUUUCAUACAUGCAAUGGAGUAGCUGGAGUCAUACACAUUGGCAACGAAACGUUUAUUAUUCAUCCAUUUUACGGUGGAGACUUGUCGAAACAUCCUCAUGUGAUAUUUGAGGCACGUGACAAGGCUAAACGCGGAUGUGCCAACGACUUGCGGUCGGAUAGGAAAAACAAAUACACCAACGGUUUUGCCAGUGGACGGUUCCGAAAAAAGCGACGACUAAAACGGGACGUCAGAGAAGUGACCAAGUACAUAGAGACCGCUCUCGUGUUGGACAAGGCUAUGUUCGAAAUGAGAAAUGGCAGCUCCAGAUCUGAAGUAAUCACCGAUGCCAUUCAAAUCGCAAACAUAGCUGAUUUAUAUUUCCGAACCAUUAACACCAGAGUGUCGGUAGUCUAUAUUGAAACGUGGCAAGGGGCCAACCAGGCACUAAUUGAUAAAAACAAAGAAAUUAGCACUGCAUUGCUCAAUUUUAACGAAUACUCGUCACAUGCACUAUUCAACAUCGGCAAAGACACUGCUCAACUACUAACUGGAGAAUAUUUUGUGGGCGGCGAGACGGGGAUGGCCAUCCACGGGACCGUGUGCACCGCAAAGUCGGUGGGCAUCAGCGUGGAUGUGAACGCCUACGAACCGCACAUCAUAGCGGGUUCGAUGGCACACAUGAUCGGACACAACGUGGGAAUGGGCCACGAUGACAAGAGAGAAGAAUGUUACUGCCGAGAUUGGCAUGGUUGUAUCAUGCAACAAUCUAUCGUAGGCAUGGAAAAUAUUCAGCCAUACAAGUUUAGCGAUUGCAGCCUCAACGAUUACAUAGACGAAUUUCGGGAAACUCGAAAUAUGUGUUUGCUCAAUAAACCGAAUGAGGUCACUAAUUUACAACAAAAAUGCGGUAACAACAUAGUGGAAGACAACGAAGAAUGCGAUUGUGGCGGGUUCGACAACUGCCAAAAGAUUGAUCCGUGUUGUGAUCCGAUCACGUGCAAACUGAUAAAAGAAGCCGAAUGCUCGGCGUCCGGGACUUGCUGUAAAGAUUGCAAGUUUUUGGCGGAGGGUACACCGUGCAGGGUGGCCAACAACGAAUGUGACUUACCGGAACACUGCACUGGUGACAAUGGCCAAUGUCCCGCGGACAUGUACAAAAAGAAUGCCAGCCCGUGUGGCACGGAAAACGGCUUCUGUUACAUGGGCGAAUGUCCCACGCUCAACGACCAAUGUGAACAGAUUUGGGGUUAUGGCGGGGUGUCAUCAGACAGGCAGUGCUACGACGAAUUCAACACCAAGGGAUCGAUGAGUGGACAUUGCGGUAUGGUCGAAGAGGCUGGUACUACCACGUACUUAAAAUGCGAUCAAAAAAACGUGUAUUGCGGAUCGUUGCAAUGUCAAAAAGGUACUAAAUAUCCUCAAAAUGCGUCUGCGCCGAGGCACACCAAAACAGUAAUCUCCAUAGAUGCCAAGGAUUAUGAGUGCAAGUCGACGAGUGGUUCCAAAAUGUUUAGCUUAGUUCAGGACGGAACUCCGUGCGGUGAUAAUCUAAUUUGUAUCAAUCAAACAUGCACGAGUAUGAAUCCGUACAUCGAUACACACAAUAAAUGUCCCAGUAAUCAUAAUAAUUUAGAGUGCUCUGCACACGGGAUUUGCUCAAAUUUAAACCAGUGUUUCUGUGAUAUUGGCUGGUCAGGAAAUGACUGUUCUAUCCAGGUAGAAAUCUCGCCUACUGCCCCAAACUCCGCGGACGUGACACUGUCGCCGGAGGAUGCAAAAAAAGCUAAAUCCGAUCUGGAAAGCAAAAUGAUCAUGAAAGAAACUCCAUAUGUAAACGCUCACAGCACCAACACCGGUGUCUUGGUCAUGAUACUCAUGACUGCUGUCGGAGUGGUGUUUCUGAUUUUCACAUGUUCUGCUUUGUGUUAUCGCCACGUGGUUGUGUACAAAAAGAACCCCUGUUUUUGCUUCAGGAGGAGUAGUGAAAAACAAGCAGCUGACAAACAAAAGCAGUCGAUCAAUACAACUCCAGUAUCGAAGCCGUCCAGAUUUGACGCCCCCUCCGAAGAAUCGGCCGAAGAAAUGGCAAUGGUUAACAUAAACAGAAUUAAUAAAUACGGAAACCAAUCGCCAUACAAUCGCUCAGAAACUGGAUCCCAUAAAAUGCUCUUUCAUUCAACAAACCAUAUGUCUCCAAGCACUUCUGGUAUUUCCAUGGAGCAUAAGUCACAAAACUUGUCCAGAUUAGGCCUGUGCCCUAACGACGAAGACGAUAUGAACGUCCAAGAAAACCAUCACAUGAGUGGACGUGGAAGCAGUUGUGGUCUAGCUCCGGGGUCUGUAAGUAUAUCUGACAUGGAACGGAAAAUCAAAUCACUUGAUGGUUACCACGGAGACUUGUUGGAAAAACUUCGUGACGCCGCCCAUAGAUCAUCGUCCGGUGCCAGGUCAAGUAGUGAAGACCUAUUAUGGCGCACCUUGACAGAAACUGCUGAAUCGGCUUAUAAUCGUAUUACAGCUAGUCAAGAAAGACUGUGUGAAGACAGGCAUGGACUUCCUCAAAGUCAUACCGUUCUAUCUGAAAGUGGAGCUCCGACAUGCCAUCGACAUCCAUAUCGGAGGCCCAGUCGGCGAACAGAUAUCGCCCCGGAAGACGAAGAAGAUACCGCUAAAGAGGUUUCCUCCACAAUCCGUAUACGAAAUCUGGAAGACCUUUUCAAACAAAUUCAAGAGCACACCGUAAGGCACAGUCCAUCUGGUUCGGAAGAGAAUAGGAUGUCCGAAACAGAAGUCGACAGACACUAUAGACAUGACGCGCAUCCCGGAUGCGAAGAACCGAGAUUCGUGAGGGGUUGGUACCGUCCGGCGAGUAGGGCGACCAGCGGCUCGGCGUCGCCGUACCAACAGGCGGCCGCCCGGGCGUCGUCGGCCACCGUCCACUCGACAACAGCUCGUCGACCAAUAGCGCGGUCGGCUAGCAUGGACAUGCCGGCGGUCGCGGCCAUCGCCGACAGUGGCGUCCGACAGCCGGCGGCCGCCCGCAGUGGCGGCAGCAGCAGCGCCCGGAGCAGUCGCCGGUCCUCGACGCACCACCAACACCGCUCCGGGUACGACCCGCCGCCGUCGGCCACCAGCAGCGGCAGCGGCCAUUCGCCGUCGCCCCGGUGCCGGCAACGGCGAAACGGCGCCACCGACGACACCCGCGCCGCCACAACCAGCAUCACCUCCACCACCGCCAACAACACCACCAUCAUCACCGCCGCCGCCGACAACAACAGCAGCAGCAGCAACAGCAACAACAGCAGCAACAACAACAGCCACCACCACCACCACCACCAACAACAACAGCAACAACAACAACAACAACAACGCUCAUUUUCCGCCAACAACCGUCCCGACCCAACCCCGACCGCGGCGCACGAACGGUCCGUGCUGCUCAACAACAAACAUUUUCCCGAAUACAAACACUGACGUAGAUCGCGCGCCGCCGACGCCGCCGCCACUGGAGGACCGUCGUUUGACGGUAUCCUGUCCGGUUUCCUGUCCGGUAUCCUCGACUCGUCGUUGUCGUCGUCCACUUAAUGGUGGCGGCUUCAAGUGGUGGAGCAGGACGGGGUUGAAGGUCCGACGGUAUGGCGACGGCGAUUGUCGUGCCGUAUAAUUAUUUUUAUUAUUGUGAAUAUUAUAUGAUAUUGUAAAUGUCUGUGCGAAUGUGGCCGACGGCCAUCGCGCACGCGUAUACCCCCCCCCCCCACACACACACAACAAGUCAUUGUCAUUAUUAUUGUUGUUGUGUUGUUCCAUGUCGUUCCACAUGUCAGCAAUAAUAAUAAUGCUUAUAAUAUGGAUGUGCGUCGACGUCGUAACCGCCGGCUAUGGUUAUUACCAGUCAUAACUUAUUAGGUUAAGUUCAGGUGCGGAUCUAGAAAUAUGAAGUGGCAGGUAACCUUUUUUUGGAAAAAUUAUUAUUUUAGUACUCACAAAAUAGAUCAUAGAUAAGAUUUGGUAACAAUAAAUUAACAAUUUUAUUUGUAUUAAAUUAUAUCAUUGUCAAAUGGGUGAGGUGCUAAAGGCCCUUUAUUGACGUGCCUAGGUGGACGAGAGUUAAGGGUUCACCCCCCACCCCACCCCGGAAAAUUUGUUCCGAGUACAGCCUUGAUACCUAAAAGGUAUUAAUUGUUUCUUUCAGUACACCACCACCAAUGUGUUUAUAAUGAUCAAUAACAAUAUAAUAUUAUUAUGGUAAGGGCGAAGAUUUUAAGAAGACCCGGAGCUGGUCGUGAGCUGCAAUUUAGUCGGGUAGUACAGCAGUAGUUACUAGUUGCAGUGGUCAAAGUUAUUCUUGGUUCGCAUGAAUUAAUAUUCCCAUUGAAAAUUGUACCCGAAAAGACGCCGUCGCGUGUAUUAUAAUAAUAAUAAUAAUAAUAUAUUAGACUCGUAAGAGCACUCCGAUGAUGGAUCACGUCUCCGGGUCACGGAAUUUAUCGUUUAGCGUUCGUCACACGAUUUCCGGGCAUAAUUAAUUGUUCCAGUUCAGUAAGCCCCGGUGGUCCCCUCCACCCUCAACACUAUCGACCACCCCGCAGUACCGUCCCUGUAGUCAGUCGACGAUGCUCUGAGCCGUUGCCGCCAUGCGUGCGUGUGUCUGAUGCGCUUACGUUUAAAUUAAAUCUCUGGCGAGGUAAAAAAAAAACAAUAAUUGUGCCGGUACAUCGAAACGAUUUGAUAUCGUAAAAUACUAAAAUCGUGUAAUAUUAUGAGGGCGGGGUAAAAACCUUUGCCUACAAUAGUAUUGCUGUCAUCGUCAUCAUUCGCAGUUUGGCACUGCUGUGUCACGGCAAGGGAAUGACAUCAUCUCCAGCGUCCGGCGAGUACUUACCCUAUUUCGAUUUUGCAAACGCAAAUCGAGUGUACUUCACUCCUCGUGAUUUCGUCUCGUAUAAUAUCAAAUCGACGACAUGGUAAUACACUCUAUAAUCUUCCCGACCCUCGGCGCGUGUAAUAUUCUCUCGGCGGUGUUUGCGUUUCUCGGGGCUCAAUUUUUUUCCUUCAAUCCCGUACAAAUAAACCAUCUCGAUCACGUAGUUUUCUCUAUUCGGUCCCGAUUCUCUAAAAAAAAAAAAAAUAUGUUACAACGAGUUGUUCAGUACCUAUGCGAGUGAACAACAACGACACACUAUUCGCCGUGCGUUUCCGAUAACGAAUCGACUUACGACGUUUUCCUCGCUACACGUAUUACGUAUAAUGUAAUACGUGCGUUUCGCGUGUAUACGUAUUUUCCGUGUCGUUUUUAUUUUUCCGCUCUUUCUCUCUGCUCCCCCUCCACACACACACACACACACACACACACACACGCUGUGGAGAUUUCACCGACACCGAUUUUAUAAUGUCGUUUACCGUAAUUUUUUUUAUUUUUCCACCUCGCUCUCUCGCCACAGAAACGACUUUUGGACUUUAUUCGUAUUUUCGUCGCGCGGCCGACGACGACUGGGAGAUAUUUUUCGACGCCCGAGACAAAAAAUAAUAUUCAUAAAAAUGACAUCCGGGACUUCACGUUCUUUCCUUUUUAUUGCGCGGUCGUAAGCAGGUCUCGUGAUCGUGUAGGGUAGUUGUACUACGUGUACAGAGCGCUAGACAACCGGAAAAUG